UGUACUAGCUGGUACUGGCAGUGCGACUUGUACCACCAUGAACCAGAUUUGCGAGUUACUCAGAGACUUGUCCGGUCUCCAUGGAGAGACUAACACCUCAUGGCUUGUUUUGGACACGCGCUUUCCUUCUUCUAUUGAUGAACAUCUUGUCUCCCCGGAACGCUUCCUGCAACUUCGAGAAAACCUUUAUAUUGAAUCCUACAACAUGGCCAGACUACUGAGAAGCUUUGGUAUCCUUGUGAUGAGGCAAAGGAGACUGUCACCUGUCACCCACACAUGGAGUAAGGCAAGGAGGUUGCAGCAUUCAGAAGCUGGCUUAGGGUCACUGACAAGAUACGACGAGUCUGUUGUCUCCACUGACUGGCAAGAGAAGCUCACCCCCGAGGAGUACUAUGUGACCAGGGAGAAGGGCACAGAACUGCCUUUCAGUGGCAUCUACCUUAACCACACAGAAGAAGGAAUGUAUCACUGCGUGUGCUGUAACACCCCAUUGUUCAGCUCAGAGACAAAAUAUAAUUCGGGAACAGGUUGGCCCUCCUUCUGGGAAGCUUAUGGCACCGUUGGGAAUGACGAAAGCAACACCAAUGUAAUACGGAGGCCGGAUAACUCCUUAGGAUGGGCAGGAACAGAAGUCAUUUGCAAAGAGUGUGACGCCCACCUCGGUCACGUGUUUGAUGAUGGCCCCGAACCUUCCGGUCACAGAUUCUGUAUCAACAGCGUUGCACUCACCUUCAAACCGAGUUAAAUUCCAGUGAAACCUAUUGAGGGAAAUAAGGGAAAUUUCUUUCAAGGGCUUUUCCAGGACUUUAAUUUUGAUGAACAAUAUUAGGCUAGCCCCUCGUUUCCCAACCUGUGGCUCUGCAAAUGUUGCAAAUCUCCAUCUCCUAUGAUGCCUGGACAGCCAGCAUGCUGGGAGUUGUAGUUUUGCAACAGCUGGAGAACCAAAUGUUGGGAACACUGGGCUAAGCCGUCAAUAUUUGAUUAUUGGGGUAUGCAACCCCCCCCCCCCAAAAAAAAAAAAAACCCAGACAAUCUGGGUUCAGACAUUGAUGAUCUAUCCAAAAAAUUGGCUGUCAAUACUGAAGACCUGGAUAAUCCCUUAAAAAAAAUAUAUUUUUGUGUAACUUGUCCAGUGUAUUUAUGGGGAACCCAGAAUUUGAUGCCAUUUUUUUUUACUUUUAUUGUCCUGUAUCAUGUGUCUUGUGCAUGGCACAUCUCUACAUGUGCCAGUUUGUAAACCACAUGGGGCGACUUUGCUUAAAAUAUUACUAUAUUGUCAGCCAAAAUCUGUCUAGUACAGUGAUUUCCAACCAGGGUGCCUCCAGGUGUUGCUAAACUAAAACUCUUAGCAUGCAUACUGGGAGUUGUAGUUUAGCAACAGCUGGAGGCACCCUGGUUGGAAAACACUGGUUUUCUACAAUGAUAGAUGUCAGAGGAAGAAUGGGUCAGGCACGUUGGAUUUCAGCAUGUUCAAUCCUCUUUUCUUAGAGCAGUGUUUCCUAACCAGGGUACCCCCAGCUGUUGCAAAACUACAACUCCCACCAUGCCCGGAGAACCAAAGGCAAAUAAACUAUUUUGUUAGUCAGGGAAAUUAUACCACCAGUGACCAUGAAUUUUCCUUUGAAGGGAAAACUAAAGUGUUUCUACAGCAUGAGGUCCCAAUAAAAUAGCUCCUUACAUCAGUUUCAUGUGACUGUAUAGAUUUUGAAUUGAAUUAAAGGGGUACUCCGAAAUAAAUUUUUUUUUAAUCAACUGGUGCCAGAAAGUUAUGCAGAUUUGUAAAUUACUUCUAUUAACAAAACUUAAUCA